CAGAGGUUUCUUGGGAGUCAGUUUCUGCUCUUUCUGAAGCAGUUUCUGGGAUCUGGGAGAGGAGCUGCUUCCUCUCUUCUCUGCUUUCCUCUGACAGGGUUAGCAGAACGUUUACUCUCCAGAUGCAGUUAAAGGCUUCAAGGACCCCAACAGGCAACUCCUGGGCACUUUCAGCAUCCUGCCAGGGGAGUCGUGCUCAUCAUGAUGGAAGGGGCUUCUCUUCUGUGCUGUGGCCCACUUCAUCCAGUGAAACAGAGGCACCAAAACAGGACCAUGAAAGAUUUGGGGGACAAGUGGUGUUUCCUUUGAUCAAUCUGGUGUAAGGUCAAGAUGCGUAAAGAUAAAGCGGGAUCCGGCAAGGAAAGAAGGCCCGCCUGUGUGACCACCAGACCAGACCCUCAGAGGUGGACGCCAGAGACCCGGCGUUGGAGAAGCCUACACCUGAGUGAGAUUGGCCCAGCCAUUUAUAUUUUACACACGCACACAACACACAGACACACGCACGUCACACACGGCGUUCUAAUCUGUAGUGUUCCGUUCCUUUAACUGUGCGUUUAGGGUUUAUUAAUGUUUCCCUGUUUUUAGGUUUUUGGGGUUUUCACUUUUCUCUAUAAGUGUUGUGUGAUAGUUGUAAGAUUGGGUUUUAAAUAAAUAGUGUUUUAAAUAAAUAGGGUUUUAAAGUGUUGUGAUAGUUGUAAGAUUGGGUUUUAAAUAAAUAGUGUUUUAAAUAAAUAGGGUUUUAAAUAACUAGGGUUUGUGUGUAGCCUUCUCCGGUAGCUAGCUAUUAGGAGGAGGUUCAACUGUAGAGUAGCAGUAGACUGUAAGAGUGGCCUGGCCUAGUAGUGCUGCAACUUUAUAUUUCUGUUGCUGCUUUCGUGUAUUUUGCAGAAAUAUUUUUUAAGGGCCUAGUCUGCCCACUUUUCCAUCUUGUUUGCCUGUGAAAUUGACACAGAGAUAAUUUUUUGAAACAUUUUUGUAACUGCGUGUUACUUUCAGACCACAGAGAGAGUAACUUUCCCCUGUGGUGGAGUGCGUUCGAUACAUUAGAUAACAACAACACAAGUUACUUGCAACAAAUAAAUUCUCCAGUCCAUUCCAUUCAAAGUGACCAACAGUCAGAGAAAGAUAAUAUAACUAAACUUACUUUCACUUCUACUGACUAAGUGCACUGCACACUGUGUGCGCAAGGCUCCAGCCUUAAAUAACUCCUCCUGCACCUGUGCACUGCACAGCAGCUGAGCUAGUAUCUUAAUUUUUAAUUUUUAUAUUUUUUUGUUGCACAGCCUGCUUCUGUUGUAUCGCGCAUCAAGUAACUCCCACUGUCUCCCAGUCCCUCUGUGACUGGCUGUGUCGUGAUACAUUCAUUGCACGGCAACUUCUGACUGGGAUCUUGCAGCAACAGCAUUUGUGCCAACAACAACAAGCCUUAAGCAAGGAGGCAUUGUAAUGUCACCGGCGCCGCAGCACAUCCACUGUUUUUCUGGCCCUCUAGUAUACCUGCUGCCCCCUGAGACAACUACCCCUUCUUCACAUUUUGAAAUUUUUAAAAAAGUUUUAAAAAGCAAUGGUUGGGAGGACAGCAGGAAAAGGGAGGGCGCAAGUAAGUGGGAGGCUUGUCUUCCCUACAGCUGGUCGUGGCAGGGGGCGGCAAGAGGGGCCUACUCCUCAAGUCACCCCCGGCCCUGCUUCGGCGCGCAGGCUUGACUUCUGCUCGGGUCAGCCUGGCCCUAUGCCAGGGCCUGCGGCCAGGCAGGAUUUAGUGGGGGGGGGCCUCCAAGAUUGCCAGGGAAGAAGAUCUUCCUGUGGCAGCUGAGGAGGUGGUGCUGGUGGAGGAGGUUGGCAGUCCAGCCAGAUCCACCUUGCGGACCCCCCAAACGGUCACUAUGGGGGUUGGUGGGGGGCUCAGUCUGGCAUCUGAGGGGGCUCAGGAGGAGGGAAGAUCUUCUCCUGCCCCUGGGCCUUCCCAUGCCAGCGCUGAGGGCAUCGGUGGUGGUAUGCCCGAGAAGGAACCAGCAAAAGUUCCACCAACAAAGCGACCUCGUGUCACUGGGGAGUCUGGCAGUGUGGUCUGGGAUCACUUUGAGCUUAGCCCUGGUGAUCCCACCCAUGCUGUGUGCACCCACUGCAAGGCACUGGUCAGCAGAGGCAGGGACCCUAUGCACUUCACAACCUCGGGGCUGUGGUCGCACAUGCGUCGGCGGCACCCAGGUGUGGAGACCUCUGCUGGCACUGGCAGUAGGCCUGGUGCCUCACCUGGUAGCAGAAGCAGUAGUAGUGACAGCAGCAGCAAGCGGCCAGCGGCUCCUGCCCACAGGCAGGAAAAGCUGACCGAUCAUCAGUGGGUGCAAUCUCUUGGGAAGCGGUCUGAUCGUCCAAAGCCUCAUCUCGUGACUCGGGCCAUUGGUGAGAUGAUCACUCUUGAUGACCAGCCGUUCUCCAUUGUCGACAAUGUCGGCUUCCGGCGUCUGCUCCAGCUGCUUUCUCCGGAGUACAAGAUCCCCUUAAGGACCACUUUCAGCAGGAGGGUGGUCCCCUCCCUGUACCGUGCGUGCAGGGGGGCCGUGUUGGCCAAGCUGCGUGCAGCUGGGCCAAACACCAGUGUGCAUUUCACUGCGGAUAUCUGGACUAGCCGCAGUGGGCUGCACACUGCCUUCAUGUCCCUGACAGCCCAUUGGUGGGGGCAUGGGGGUGAGGGGGCAUCUGGCGCUGCUGGUGCUGUAUCCAGCUCCUCCCAUGCAUGCACGCCUUCUUGGGCAGUGUUGCAUGUGGAGGCGAUGGACACAGACCACACUUCAGAUGAGUUGGCUGCCGUCAUGGAGCGGCAGGUGGGGGCGUGGCUGGCUGGGGAGCCAACCCUCCGCCGAGGCUUCGUGGUGACGGACAACGCAGCCAACAUCACCAAGGCUGCUAGGUGGGUUUACGGUGUGAACAUCGCUUGCGCUGCGCACACCUUGAACCUCGUAGUGAAGGGUGUGCUUGGCCUCAAGGAGGCGCCAAAGAAGGCCAAGGAGCACCAGCGUGUUCGGGGCUCUUCUAGUAGUUUAGGUCAGAAUCCUGCUGCUCCCGUGGCCGCCCUGGUGGAGUGUUGCAGCCAGGUAGCGGGCCACUUCCACCGGAGUGAAAAGGCAAGGCGCCAGCUCAAGGCCAGACAGAUCGAGCUGGGCCUGCCUGAACACCAAAUCCCCCAGGAUGUUCCUACCCGGUGGAACUCCACUUUUCUCUUGCUCCGGCGCAUGCAUGAGCAAGAGGGAGCACUCAACAGCCUGGGGACGCGUGGUUGCUUGGAUCUGUGCAAGUCUCUCUAUGAUGACUGGCCGGUGAUCCGCGAGCUGGUCUUAGUACUAGAGCCGUUCUAUUCUGCUACGAACGACUUGUGUACUCAGACCGCCACGCUGAGCCUGGCUUUGCCCACUGCUAUUCUCCUGGAAAAGGCAAUGAGCGAUCUCCAGACCACUCUGACCACUGGGGUUGCGAUUGCCCUGGCAGGUCGGUUGAGGACUGGGGUAGUUGAGCGGCUCAAGACACCAUGGGCUGCAUCUGCAUGGCAUGUCCUGGCAUGCAUUUGUGACCCAAGGAUGAAGGGCAGCGCUGUGCCUCCUGGCGAGCUGCCCAGGUGGAGGGACCUCCUGGUCGAACACGUGAAGCGUGAAGAGGAAAGGAGGCUAGGGAUAGGUGAUGCAGCAGACGACGACUAGGAGGAGGGGUCUUGGUCGCAGGCUGGCACUGCGCAUCCCACCCCCAGCAGCAGCAGCAGCAGCACUGCCACCCCCCCACUUCUUCCCAGUCCAGCGGCGUGGUUUCUCUGGCAGUGGGACCAGCAGAGCAGCCAGUGCGACCUCGAACCACCACCCGGUGGCUCAGGGGCUAUGCUAGUCUCAUGCCGGGGAGAUGGGAGGAGCCUGUCCCUCGCCCCAGCCGUGCUGAGCAGACUGUUCUGCAGUACCUGGAGGAGGCGACGGAAGACGAGGAGAGUGAGCCGUUCCCCUUUUGGGCAACGCGUUGCAAAGUCUGGCCGGACUUGGCGUCCGUUGCUGUCCGGUUUCUCUCUUGCCCGCCAACCAGCGUCUCGAGCGAGAGGUUGUUCUCCAUGGCCGGGGACGUGGUGACUCCUCUGCGCUCACGCCUGGAUGCUGAGUUGGUCGAGCAGCUCAUCUUCUUGAAGGCCAACCUCCCCCUGCUGGGCUACCCUGAACUGGCCGUGGAGGGCGAGUGACUCGCGUCACCCCCCCCCAUGCAGCGCCUCCCACGCCACGGCAGUUCAUCCCGGCCAGAAGAUGUGUCACAGUCCAUCCCUCUAAGACCACCCUGCCACUAAAACAUGCCCCUUAGUGCUGCUGGCACAUCCAGACACGCAUGCAUACACAGGCACCGCUGCACUGUCAGCCUGGGAUGGUGGACUGCCAGGUGAGUGCUCCCAGCAUGAGGGAGGGGUUACCACAGAUGUGGCAGAGAGAGACUACAACUCCCAUUUCCCACUGUCCCGAUGGCUGGCCACCAUCAAGACUAGGGACAAUGGGAGCUGUAGUCGCUGUCUCUGCAGAAGAAAUCUGUGGUGCCCCCCCCCCGAUGCUGGGAGCACCCACUUGCCCAGUGCUGAAGGCUGGGCCGUAGGGCAGCGCACCAUCCAUCCACAACCUCAGAGACAGGCUGCUGCAUGUGCGUGUGGGGGGGGCACAGUCAGGAUUGGAAGGGACAUCCCUGGGGGAGAGUAGUGCCUCUGUGCAAUGGGCCUGUGCCUCCUGGCGAGGGGGGCACACACACUGUCACUGAGAGGGCUUGCUGCUAAUUGCUAGCUUUUGCUUGCCUGCUAAAACUGUCAUCAUUGCUUCCUCCCAUGAACAAUUGCAUUGAAGCUGAAAUCUAAAAAACGUCUGUCUGCUGCGUUUCUCUAUGUGAUGUGCUUAUUUCUGAUUUUGGCUUGCUGGUCAGGUGAUGUUCUUUCUUAACCUUCAUGCUCUCCUCUGUUCAAAUCCAAAUAUGUGGUUUGCCUUGGUCUACUGAGCUAUUAGGUUGUUGCCGCCGCCGCUGAGUGAGAUGGUCUGCUCUGCUGCUGCCUGCUUUUUCUGGCCACAAUGGGAGUAGUACUACUGCUGUGCCUGAAGCGGCACACACACACACACAUGCACCCCCCCUCCCCUCCCCUCCCCUCCCCUCCCCUCCCCUCCCCCCAAAAAGCUGUGUCGCCAAUGAUGAGCUUGAUGCUGGUGCAGCCCUCACACAAAUGUCUGUCUCACGCAGACAGAGAGAGCACACAUUGCAACCUGAGGCAACACAGCCCUUUCAGCCCUAACCCUCUUGCAGAGUGAGUGAGCAGCACACCCGCACAGUGCACACACACAGGGGAAUAAAGGCAUCUAGACUCCAAACUAGUGGUAAUGUUGUAUCAUGUGAUUGCACACAGUCUUUCUGCCCAGUAUCUGCGGUAUGCAUUGGGAUGCAAUCCGAAAAAGCCUGCAAAUUCUAGCUUGCUUUGUUGCAGAGACCUCUUUGUGGUGUGUGGUGUUGUUGUGUGAUGUGGUGUGGUGUGGUGUGGCCGCGUGGGGCCUGGUAAAGGACAGGACAGGUGCAAUUCACUGUGCCUGUGCGUGUGUGUGGGGAGAUGUAUUAUGUUUCCAAAUGAAGAUCGGGUCAUGUUUGAGAGUUGAUUGACAGCAUUUUAUUUGAAGAUUGUGCUUGCCCAUACAUAGAUGCGGCGAUCUCAUGCCACAGAGUCAGACAGGAAAAGAAAUGUCCAGAGACAUGUGCGUGCUGCCAUUCUCUUAUCUGCCAUCAUCAUCCGUUACUCUUCAAAGCUGUGUGGGCUAGGAGGGGGCAACAACAACUUGCCAAGCCUUGCUGCUCCACUUGCGGAGUGUUGUUGUCUUGCGUGCGUCCUCCACAUGCUAUGCGUGUUCCCUCCUGGCUGUGCCUGGCUGUUUACUGUAGUGGGCCAAAAAAGUUUGGAUGAGGUGAGGUUCAGGGCAGGGCACUGUUGCUGGACUUGGAGUGGGAUAUGGGGCAGCAGAGUGGGGUGGGGCAUGGUGGUAGUGCCUAAUGGGUGUAGGCUGCCACCCCAAUUUCAGGGGGGUGGGACAGAGGGCUGAUUUUUUGUGAAUUUCUGAAGUUUU